GACAGGGGUUUUGGGCUUAGGGUCUGCUGAAAAGCUGAAUGAAAAGGUCUGCAUGCUGAAAGCCUGCUGUCAACGCAGCACCGGUGCCAUGGUAAUAGAUUGAAUUUGGUUUCCUGAGGCUGCCGCUGUCAGCUCUCCUCUCUAGCGGCUCUCACGCAUGCACGCACGCACCGCUUCUAGUAAGGUGUUGGUUACCAUGGUUAGGAAAGGAUGGAUUCCUGUGCUGGCUCAUAGCUGGGUCAGCAUAUCACCUGGACUGCAGCUUUUUCAGAAGAGAACUGUGCUCUGAAUGGAUCUUCAUUGUGGCUUGAAAGUAAGAACAUCUGUUUUAUUCUGGAGGUUUAAAUGAACAGGUGAACUUGCAGCUGUGAUUGGUUUUGGUGCUUUUUGGUUUUAUUACUUUGUCCACUAAGACUUGUAAAUUAUGCUGAGCUAAUGUGGGAAAUGUGUUCCUGUUUCAGCAUGAAUGUGACAUGUAGAUUGAUUUUCCUGCAUAUUUAUGCAUGAGGGACUGGGUGUGUGCGUGGACAAUGCUACAUACUAUGGACAGGAUUUUUUGAAAAGCCUGUGUGGAAAUCUACACAAGCACAUGGAGACUGAUUUGGGCUUUACCACCGUCCUUGAGGACUUGUUUCUUGGUGGAAAUCCACCAUUGUGAGGCCCUACGAAGGUGAACAUUGGUCGUCCCAUCAGUACACGGUUCUCCUUUUCAGGAGUUUGAGGAGAAGAAGAAAAAUAAACAAGCAAGGGAAAAGAUCUUCAUGAGCGCCAGAAAAUCCGGAAAGAAAACACAUUGAGACACAAGGAACAAAAUGUGGACACUAAACAUGACACGUGUCUCAAUCCUAUUUCUCCUCCAUGUCCUUCUGGUUGGAUGGGGUCAAACAGCAGAAGAUGACGUCACCCCUCGCCUCAGUUUCUCUUACAAUGCAAACGAGAGGUCGGCCAAGAGAUUUUCACCCAAUGGAGUCUUCAAUUACACAUCUCUGCUCCUCAGUAAAGAGGAUAACAUGCUGUACGUUGGCGCUCGAGAGACUCUUUUCGCACUCAAUAUCACCGAUAUCAGCAGAACACAGCUGCAGCGUAAUUUAACAUGGAGCACACCACAGAGAAAGAGAGAGGAGUGCAGUUUCAAAGGGAAAGAUUUACAGAUUGACUGUUUCAAUUACAUCAAGAUUUUACUGCGUGUGAACAGCACUCACCUAUAUGUGUGUGGAACGUAUGCUUUCAGCCCUAUCUGCGCAUACAUCAACACAUCUGAUUUUUCACUGGUGCGCAAUGAAAUGGGAGAAAUAAUCACUGAAGAUGGUCGUAGCCGGUGCCCUUUCAACCCUGAAUACAAGUCCACGGCCAUCAUGGCCGAUGGAGAACUGUAUGCUGGCACAGUCAGUAACUUCCAAGGGAAUGAACCCAUCAUUUACAAAAGCCUUGGACAGGGCACAGCCUUAAAGACAGAAAACUCACUGAACUGGCUGCAAGACCCCGCUUUUGUAGGCUCAGCCUACAUACAGGAGAGUUUGCCCAAAGGCAACGCAGUCGGCGAUGAUGAUAAGAUUUACUUCUUCUUCAGUGAAGCAGGAAAGGAAUUUGAUUUCUUUGACAACACCAUUGUGUCACGCAUCGCUCGCGUGUGUAAGGGUGACAAAGGUGGAGAGAGGGUUCUUCAGAAGAAAUGGACAACUUUUCUGAAAGCGCAGCUCCUUUGUUCACUACCUGAUGAUGGGUUCCCUUUCAACAUCAUCCAGGAUAUGUUUGUACUGACCCCUAGCAAAGAGGCCUGGAAGAGUACUGUGUUUUAUGGAGUCUUCACCUCACAAUGGUACAAAGGUGCUUCAGGCAGCUCAGCUGUAUGUGCAUUCACUAUGGACCAGGUCGAAGAGGCAUUUAAUGGACGUUACCGGGAAGUUAAUCGCGAGACGCAGCAGUGGUACACUUACAACCACCCAGUACCAGAACCUAGACCUGGAGCGUGCAUCACCAACACGGCCCGCGCCCAAGGGAUCUCCUCCUCCCUGCACAUGCCUGAUAAAGUGCUGAACUUUGUGAAGGACCACUUCCUCAUGGAUAGCGUGAUCCGCAGCCUGCCUCUGCUGCUUAAACGAAACGUGCGCUACACGCAGCUCGCUGUGCACCGAGUACAGGCUCUCCACAAGACAUACGACGUGCUCUUCAUCGGCACAGAUGACGGCCGGAUCCACAAAGCCAUCAACGUUAAGAACAAGAUGUAUAUCAUUGAAGAGCUGGUGAUUUUUCCCGAGCCUCAGUCUGUACAACACAUCGAACUGGAUGAUGAGAAGGGGCUGUUGUUUGUGUCCAGCUAUUCUGGGCUUGUUGAAAUCCCUCUUGCCAACUGCUCCAACUAUCAGAGCUGUGGAGAGUGUGUGCUGUCUAGAGAUCCUUACUGUGCCUGGACAGGGAAGCAAUGUUCAAAUAUCAAAUAUGCGCUAACUAAGAGUCAAUGGCAACAAGAUGUAGAUGACGCCAACACUGCAGUAUGCAAAAUGACAAUGGCUAGCCCUCGUUUAGCAAAACCAACCCCACCACGUGAUCCAUCGUGCCAUGUGAUACAAAUACCAGCCAACACAUUUACAGUUCUUCCCUGUAAGCUGCGAUCCAACUUGGCUGAGAGUCGAUGGGAGUACAGUCACACCGCCGAGCGAUUCGUCUAUCCUAGUCCUGACGGCGGGCUGGUGGUUGUAGCCCAAGUGGAGAGGGAGGAGAUCUACCAAUGUUGGUCAGAAGAAGGUGGCUACCGACAACUUCUGGCCAAUUAUUGCGUAAAAGCGGAUCACGAAAGCACCACCCUGACUGGACGUUCCAGAACGCAGCUGGUACCCCAAGGGGAAGCAAUUAUCCUGCCUGGGGAAACAUGGUCGCCGGAAAAAACCAAAACAUACUGGAAUGAGUUGAUCGUUGUGUGUGCCUUACUCGUGUUUUCCCUGGUGGUCCUGUCGCUGUUCGUGGCAUACAGGAACCGAGACAGGAUGAAGUCCAUGCUGAAGGAAGGCGAGUGCCCCAACAUGCAACAGAAGAAACCGCGAAUUCCAGGGAAGCACACGGAAAGCCUUCCAUUAAAUGGCAACAACAUCCCGCCCUCAGUGUCUGACCACAAGGGCUACCAGACGCUCAAUGAUAACUACAUCUGCAGCACUCCCACCCACGAAUGCUCCUCACCCGAGAACAGCAAGAGCUUCUCAGAAUCCGAAAAGAGACCUUUGAACUUAAAGGAGAGCCACGUUGAGAUCUCACCGACUUGCCCGCGGCCUCGAGUGCGGCUGGGCUCGGAGAUCAAAGACUCGAUCGUUUAAGUCAGUUUGGGAUGACCGUUAAAAAAAGUGGCCUCUGACCUGAACAGCACCAAGGGAGGGACAGACUGAAAAUGACUGGAAACGUACCAUCACUGGGUUUUAUUUUGCACUUUGUCUCCUCUCAUUUUGUCUUGGUGAUCUGUUCACAUUUCUCAGUCACUGCCAAGUCUGUGAAGCACCCAGAGCCACGCUGAGUGGGACGCAAGACACUUUGAAAAAGAAUAGUGGGCAUUGCGAGGCUCGCCGAUCCAGUCGUCCCGCCCUGUCCGUCCAAAAAUGUCUGGUGGCAUCUGUGUGAAAGCAAUACGAUGCGAUCAGGGUUCACUAACCUGUCAUGCUCCCAUCUCAUCCCUGCCGCGUAGAGUUGGUCAUCCUAUGAACGAGAAGACGAAAAUUCUAACUUUAGUCAACAAUAGAGUCUCUGCUAAACAUAGUGCCUGAAGUGAGAUGAUUAGCUGACAUUUCAACACAAUAUAAGGCAUAGUGGUGCAUCAAAAGCUUUGAUGAUAUAUGCAAAACCUUUGCACAGUAUAUCAUCAUGACCUCAGCACAUAGCAGGCAUACUAUGCAAAUCACAUAAAGGAGAAGCAUCUUGUAGAGAGCUAACCAACAGCACAUGGCUGUCCUAGAACAAUAAGUGAUGCCACGACCUCAGUAUUCUACACAGCUUCUCAGAGGUACACACGUUAAAUAAAGUAUGCAAGUGAGAUUGAGGCAUAUACAGUAAAGAGCCCGCAGUGGGGUUUCGGUGUGUAGAGAACUCCAAAGAAGGCAUGUUAGCAAUACUAUGAGUAUGUCCCAGGCACAAAUUACAUUUUGAAGACACAGAAAUAUGAAUAUCUCGAUGUUCCUUAUACCCCCAACUAAAAUCAGUUGCUAUCAUUGAUAGACCAUUUAAACCAGUGGUUCUCAACCUUUUUGACUCCAAAGCCCCUCAUAGUCCACAAGAUCAUUUGGGGAGCCCGUGACUUUUCCAGUUGUCCAUUAUUUACUACUUUCAAUUUCUACCUGAUAAAAUUCUGUGCAUUUAAAGAAAAAUGCCCAUAGAGUUUUGAUUAAAUUACAUGACCUUUCCAGGUCUAGAAAUCUAGAAAAUGAAAUGAGGCUUUCUCAUAUAUCUAAGGUUUUGGAAUUCUGGUUCUUCAAAGACAAAGGAGGUGAAUUGAAAUAGAAAUGAUUUGAUGGUUAGUUUGUUAGACUUAUUUUAAUGUUUAAUUUCCCUUAUUUUUAAUAGUUUGAAGUCAUUUUGAGAACCACUGAUUUAAAGGGAUAGUUCAUGCAGAAAUGAAAAUGAUGUCAUAAUUUACUCACACUACAAAUGUCAAAUGAAAGUCAAUGGUUUCUAUUUUUCGACCCCACUUGGGAAGAAAAACAGCAGAAACAUUCUUCAAAAUAUAUCUAUUUGUGUUUCACAGAAGAAAAAAGGUCAUACAGGUUUAGAACAAUAUGAGAGUGAGUAAAUGAUGACAGUUUUCAAUUUCAGCUGACCUUGAAGUAGUGCAUAAUAGAAUAAAUGGAAAUGACCAAACGUCUCGAGGUUGUUUACUGAUUCAAAUUGGUUGUUGUGCCAAAAAAUUUUAGUGAACCAUUUCAGAUCUCUUUGGAUCUGUCAAGAACUAUGUUCUCUUGACUCGAAAGUGUACUUUGUUCAGAUUAAAGACAUUUAUUGCCAUGUUGUAAAUUCGAAAAAUGAAUUUGCAUUCGGACAGAAUGAAAACGUGUGGUUAAGACUUUACAUGCCAAUUUUACGCUAAGCUAUGUGAUCUAUGCUCCCGAAGAGUGUAAAGUGACCAGCAGAUUUUUUUUUUCCAUGAAAAAGUGCCAUGUUCACUGUAACACCUCAAGUCAAAGCAGGCUAAAAGAUGUUUUUGGGUGGGAGCAAUGACAUAUAUGUAUAUGAAACAGCCCAUUAUAAAUCGUGUGUCAUACAAAAAAGUACAGUGCUUGGCUGCUGCAAAGCAAUGGGGAUGGAAACCAUAAAAACAAGACACUAAUGUAAGUUACUAUAGCAUAGAAUCAACAUAAGGAUCCAUGUAAAAAUGUAUAUUAACAACACACAAAAAAAAAGAAAAAAAAAAGGUAAAAUUCCAGUAAAAUUCCCAAAGACAAGCAUUGUAUAUUGCACCACAAAUCUGCGUAAUAUUU